AUGACGGCCAACCCCGUCCAUGUAGAGCACAUCCUCUGCGACCACUUCGAGCUCUACCCCAAAGGACCCCGCUUCAUCUCUUUACUCCAUGGCUUCCUCGGCGACGGCAUCUUCAAUUCCAACGGAGAAGCGUGGCGCCUCCAACACAAGACUACCAGCUUCGAGUUUAACACCAAAUCACUCAGCUCCUUCGUCCUCCGCAUCGUCCACGACGAGCUUCUCGCCCGUCUCCUACCCCGCCGCAACCAAGCCGCCACACAAGGCAUUGUCCUCGGCCUCCAGGAUCUCCUAGAGCACUUCUCAUUCGACAACAUCUGCAAGGUCUCCUUCAACCAAGACCCUGCUUGUCUCUCCCCCGACAUCGCAGCCGCUGCGCAGGACCCCUUCUCCUCCCGCUUUGCGUGCGCCUUCGACGACGCAUCCGACAAGCUCCAGUCGGACCACUCCGAAGACUUCCUUCGAGACAUCGUCGUCAGCUUUAUGCUCGCAGGGAAGGACACCACCUCCUCCGCCCUCACCUGGUUCUUCUGGCUCCUUUCCUCGCACCCCAAGAUGGAGGCCAAGAUCCUGGCCGAGAUCAAGUCCAUCCACGCGCGGCGCCACUCCUUUGACGACGAUGCGUUCGGCUUCGAGGAUCUCCGCGAGAUGAACUACCUGCAUGCCUCCAUCACGGAGUCGAUGCAGUUGUACGCUCCAGUGCCCUUCAACUCACUUCACUGCCUGGCCGACGACGUGCUCCCGAACGGGACGACGGUGAAGAAGGGGUGGUUCGUGUCCUACGCAUCGUACUCGAUGGGUCGGAUGGAGGCCCUAUGGGGGUCGAAUUUCGAUGAGUUCAAGCUGGAAAGGUCGUUGGAGGCGGAGACAGAUACGUUCUGGCCGGAGAGUCCUUUCAAGUACCCAAUGUUCCAGGGGGGCCGCAUAUGUGCCUGGGGAAGGAGAUGGUCAAAGCUCACGAUCAUGUUCACUGCAACGUUGAUGGAGCUUCGAUUCCUACCGCCUCAAUCCCAAUCCAUUCUCCUCUUCCUCUUCUCCCUCUCCAUCCUCUACUUCUUCUUCUUCAUCUUCCGUCGCUCCACUCCCGACGGCGUCCCGGCGUACCCUCCCGGCCUCGAGCCGUAUCCUCUCCUCGGCCACCUCCCCCAGUUCGUCAAGAACCGUCGCCGCCUUCUCGAUUGGUUCGCAGAGUGCAUCGCGGCUACGCCCUCCAAUUCCUUCGUCCUCUGCCGCCCUGGCGGCGUCCGUGGCCUCAUGACAGCCAACCCCGUCCAUGUAGAGCACAUCCUCCGCGGCCGCUUCGAGCUCUACCCCAAGGGACCCCGCGUCACCUCCUUACUCCAUGACUUCCUCGGCGACGGCAUCUUCAAUUCCGACGGCGAAUCGUGGCGCCUCCAGCGUAAGACUGCCAGCUUCGAGUUCAACACUAAGUCGCUCCGCUCCUUCGUACUACGCGUCGUCCGCGACGAGCUCCUCGCCCGCCUCCUACCCCGCCUCAACCAAGCCGCCGCACAAGGCGUUGUCCUCGACCUCCAGGAUCUCCUGGAGCGCUUCGCGUUCGACAACAUCUGCAAGGUCGCCUUCAACCAAGACCCCGCCUGUCUCUCCCCCGACACCGCCACCGCAGCGCAGGACCCCUUCUCCUCCCGCUUUGCGAGCGCCUUCAACGACGCCUCCGACAUCACCUCCGGCCGGUUCCGAUACGUCGUGCCGAAAUUCUGGAUGGUGAAGAAGCUGUUCGGCGUGGGUUCAGAGCGGCGUCUCAAAGAGGCGAUUACUACCGUGCACGAGUUCGCCGUGAAAAUUAUUCGAGCGAAGAAGAAAGAGAAGCAGACAUACUCUGUUUCGAAGCCAUCUUCUCUGUUCAAAGCAGAUGAUUUGCUAUCCCGCUUCGUGGCCAACGAGGACCACUCCGAAGACUUCCUUCGAGACAUCGUCGUCAGCUUUAUGCUCGCAGGGAAGGACACCACCUCCUCCGCCCUCACCUGGUUCUUCUGGCUCCUUUCCUCGCACCCGGAGGUGGAGGCCAAGAUCCUGGCCGAGAUCAAGUCCAUCCGCGCGCGGCGCCACUCCUCUGACGACGAUGAGUUCGGCUUCGAGGAUCUCCGCGAGAUGAACUACCUGCAUGCCUCCAUCACGGAGUCGAUGCGGUUGUACCCUCCGGUGCCCUCCAACUCGCUUCACUGCCAGGACGACGACGUGUUCCCGGACGGGACGGCGGUGAAGAAGGGGUGGUUCGUGUCCUACUCGUCGUAUUCUAUGGGGAGGAUGGAGGCCCUAUGGGGGUCGGAUUUCGAUGAGUUCAAACCCGAAAGGUGGUUGGAGGCGGAGACUGGGUCGUUCCGGCCGGAGAGCCCUUUCAAGUACCCAGUGUUCCACGGGGGGCCGCGGAUGUGCCUGGGGAAGGAUAUGGCGUACAUCCAGAUGAAGUCAAUCGCGGCGUGCGUGCUGGAGAGGUUCGUGGUGACGGUGGUGAGGGAAAAGGAGGCGCCGCCGCCGGAGAAAAUGGUGACGCUGACGUUGAAAAUGAAGGGCGGCCUGCCGGUGCGCGUGGUGGGUAGGGAGAAAUGCUAGCGCUGAUUGCGAGGCGGGGAUUGCCUGCUACCCAUCAUAAUUUAUUAUGAUCCUAAUACGGUUAUUAUAAAUAAUAUUUAAUAACAGUUUGAUAUCAUAUUUUAUAUUAUUUUAUAUUUAUUAUUAUAAAUUAUAUCUAUAAUCAUAAUAAUAAGAUAGAAAUUAGCUUUUUUUAUUUUUAUUUUCUAUUUCGGUUGCAAUGACAUUACGUAAUUAGUGGGUCUAGGAUAUUUGUUUUUUAUUUUACCUCUUAUAUUUCAAAAUAUUAUAUUUUUCCCUUCUAAUUUACAAAAUUAAACUACAAAAAUCUUAAUCUUAAAGCAAUAUCUUCUUUCAUUCAAAAUUUAAACUUUUCCGUAGCAUCUAUUACAU